AUGAGUAUCACUCGACCAUUCAGUGCUUUGGAUCUUUUCAAGUUUAACAACAUAAACUUGGACAUAUGGACUGAAACAUACGGCAUCCCGUUCUACUUGAGCUACCUGUCCCGUUGGCCCGAUUUAUGUUGCGUGCAGGAGGCACCGAAUGGGCGCAUGAUGGGCUACGUACUCGGGAAGGCGGAAGGGCAGGGUACAGAAUGGCACGGGCAUGUCACGGCCAUCACGGUUGCGCCGGAGUACCGAAGGCUUUCACUUGCGCGCAAAAUGAUGAACCUCCUGGAGCAUGUGUCUGACGAGGCUUACCGGGGAUUCUUCGUCGAUCUUUACGUCCGGUGUGCGAACCAGGUUGCGAUAACCAUGUAUGAAGGCAUGGGCUACAGCGUCUAUCGACGCGUACGAGAAUAUUACGGUAGCCUUGGGAAGGGGCGCGCUGGCAAAGACGAGGAGGAUGCGUUCGAUAUGCGGAAACCUCUCUCGCGCGAUCCGCACCGGCGUUCCGUCCGGACGAAUGGAAGAGACAUGAUUGUUAGCGCGCACGAUGUUUCGUAG